AUGGAUGUUGCGAUCAUCACGAAUGGUGUCGGUUUUGGGCUUCAAUUGGAGAGUGCCAACAAAGACUGGAUGGCCGAAAACUGUCAAUUGGCAUGCGGAACUUGUACAGCACCACCGGCGCCACUGCUUCCUGUCACAUCAACUGCUUCCUCCGCAUUCCCAACCCAAGGAGGAUUCUUCCAAACGACGACAGUAUCCUCUGGCCCCACCACAACUGUCACCAUCCCACCAUCCAGUUUGACAGCGGUUAGCAGUUGUGAGAGAGUCAAGGACUCGAUUGCACAGGCUUCAGAGCUCAUGUCAAUCUCCCGACUAAUCAACCCAGUGGAAGACAACUUCGGCCGUAACAUGCUCUCAAUUGACGAUAUCACCAGAAGUGUCCCAACCGGGUGUGUCCCCCAACUAUCCGAUGUUGGAGUAGACUGCCGCAAGAGUCUCUGCUACCAUCUCAUGUACCGUACCCUUGAUGGUACCUGUAAUAACUUGGACAAGCCAAUGCAAGGAGCAGCAUUCCGCCGAUUCAACAGACACUUCCCAGCUCAAUAUGAUGAUGGACGAGGGGAACCAAUUUCAUCGUUGAAUAAGUCUAGACCAUCUGCACGUGAAGCUAACAGAGUUAUGUUGUCGUCGGCACAGUCGGUGGUUCAUGAUAAGUUCAACAACAUGAUGAUGCAAUGGGGACAAUUCAUGUCACACGACAUGUCUAAAACAACACUCCAACCCUCUGCCAACUGCAAGACUUGUGACCCAGUACCGUCUAAGUGUAUGCCAAUUCCAAUUGGAGAGAAAGACCCGAACCUCGGAUUCAAGUCAAAGCAAUGUCUAAAAGUGUCAAGAUCCGCACCGAUUUGUAGAGUGGAGCCAAGAGAACAACUCAAUGAGAACACCGCCUAUAUUGAUGGGUCUAUGAUCUACGGUAGCUCGCUGAAGGACCUACACAAGUUUAGAGAUGGAAGAACUGGAUUCCUCCGAGUUACCCGAUUCAAUAACCAAAAUGUUCUUCCAUUCGACCAGUCGAAAUGCGCUAAUAAGGAUAAAUGUACAGCCUCCUUCACUGCUGGAGAUAUCCGUGCCAACCUCUUCAUCGGCUUGUCUUCUCUUCACAUCAUGUUCGCUAGAGAACAUAACAGAAUCGCUCAAAAACUCACCGAGCUCAACCCAACAUGGAGUGGAGAUAGAGUGUUCCAGGAAGCCAGGAAAAUUGUUGGUGCCCAGAUCCAAAAUGUGCUUUAUAAGGAGUACCUCCCUAAGCUGCUAGGAGUGUCAUUUGACAAAGUGAUCGGACCAUACAAAGGAUAUGAUACCAAUGUGGAUGCAACUAUUGCUAAUGAAUUCACUACUUCUGCAUUCCGUUUCGGUCACGGAAUGAUCGAGGAGUUCUACAAACGUGUAGAUCUAUCUGGAAACAAUAUCACUCAUGGCGGAUUCUUCUUCGGCGACGGAGUCUUCAAGUCCGGAAAAAUUCUCUUCGAGGGAGGUGUCGACCCAAUCAUUCGUGGAUUUAUGACGACGGCCGUCAAACGACCGCAUCGUAUGACGCCGGCUAUUACGGAAAAGAUGUUUGGCAGCACUGAUCUCGGAUCACUCAAUAUCCAACGUGGUCGUGACCACGGAAUCCCGUCAUACAACAAGAUGCGUCAGUUCUGUGGCCUUAAGUUUGCCACGACGUUUGACGACUUUGGAGACAUGAUUUUGGACAGAAAUUUGAGAGCCGGACUUGCAAGAAACUAUAAUACUACGAAUGACGUUGACUUCUACGUCGGAUCAAUGUUGGAAGAUCCAGUGAUCGGAGGAUUGGUUGGAACAACAUUGAGUUGUGCAAUCGGGGAGCAGUUCAAGAGGGCAAGAGAUGGAGAUAGAUUCUACUACGAAAACCCUGGAAUCUUCACACGCUCCCAAGUGGAAGAGAUCAAAAAGUCGUCGCUAUCCAGAAUCAUUUGCGACAACGCAGAUAAUUUCGAGUUGGUAUCCCAAGACGCCUUCCUUCUACCGGGCACCAAUUUGACUCCAUGCAACAAGAUUCCAGAAAUGGAUCUGACGAAAUGGAGGGCUCUUUAA